AUGAAUCGAACAUACAAAUUGAACACUGGUUUCACGAUCCCGCUUGUUGGCUUUGGAACGUUUCAAAUCCACGGCCAGGAGCUAAUUUAUGAAGUACUGGAUUAUGCUCUACGCGCUGGCUAUCGACACAUCGAUACAGCAGUUGUUUAUCGCAACGAGGAGUAUAUUGGGAAUGCUCUGAAAACGUUACUGCCUAAAUAUGAUCUGAAACGUGAAGACAUUUUUAUCACCUCCAAGUUGAUUUCUCAAGCGGGAAAAGACGAAGAUUUUGUGGAACAGAUGGUGCAAAAGUCUCUCGCCAAUUUGCAAACUGAAUAUCUCGAUCUAUACCUCAUUCACUGGCCGGGCGUGAGUGGAAUGCAAGUAACUCAUCCUGAUAACGCCAAAUAUCGAAUGGCCACGUGGAAUGCGUUGUGCAAGAUGCAACGCAAAGGUAGCCUACGAUCGAUUGGUGUGUCGAACUAUACGGUGAAGCAUUUAAAAGAGAUGCUUGAAGAUUGCAAGGGGGUUGUUCCGGCUGUUAAUCAGGUUGAAUGGCAUCCUUACUAUUACCAGCCGGAGUUGUUGGAGUACUGCCGUCAGGAGAAUAUUUUUCUUCAAGCAUAUUCGUCCCUCGGCUCGUCUAAUACCACCGAGCUUCGAGACGAUUCUAAAGUUAAAACUGUUGCGAGUAGCCUACAGAAAACGCCUGCCCAAGUGCUUCUCCGUUGGGCGGUCCAGCAGGAUAUCGGCAUUCUACCGAAGGCUCGUUCGCGCAAUCACAUUGAGGAAAACGUUGCGCUGGAUUUUGAAAUUCCGGCAAAGGAGAUGCAUCAGUUGAACAGUUUGCGAGAGAGCGUAGGUCAAAAGUUUGCCUGGAACCCCGAGACGGUCGUUUAA